UCGUUUCAUUCGUACGCUGACUUAGAAAAACUUGAGAUCUCAUGGACUCGUGAUGUGUUCAUAGAUUGCUUUAUGCUGCAGGGCCAUCACUGGUUUCUACAGACCAAUAGCAGGACUCGGCGUGGGAUGUAUGGGAAAACCUGGUUUUGUGUUGGCUUCGAGGAUUGCCCCCUGUUCAAAGUUGUUGUCCCCUGCUGGCAGCCAUGGGAAUCGGCCGCGAUUCUCGACACAAGCACUACAAGACCGGCGGAAGGAGUAAGACCUCCAUCAAGAAGCGAAAGUAUGAAAUGGGUCGCCCCGCCACUCCCUGCAAGUUGGGUGCCAAGCGCGUCCGCAGCGUGCGCUGCCGCGGUGGCAACAUGAAGUACCGGGCCCUCCGACUGGACGCCGGCAACUACGCCUGGGGCUCGGAGAAUGUCACCAAGAAGGUUAGGAUCUUGGAUGUUGUGUACAACGCCACCAGCAACGAGUUGGUGCGAACCAAGACUUUGCUGAAGAACACCGUGGUGCAGAUUGAUGCCCAUCCGUUCAUGCAGUGGUACCUGAAGAAAUACGGCGUGGAUGUGGGCAAAAAGAAGAAGGCGGCCGCGAAGGAGGAAAAGCAGGAGGAGGAGCAAAAGCGUAGCAAACAUGUGAUCGCCAAGCAGAAAGCACGUGCCGCCAAGACCAAAUUGGACAAUACCUUGGAAGAGCAGUUCCAAAGUGGUCGUCUGUUGGCCUGCAUCGCCUCCCGCCCUGGACAAUGCGGUCGUGCGGAUGGCUAUGUCUUGGAGGGUGAGGAGUUGGUCUUUUACAAGAAGAAAUUGGAGAAGAAGAAGAAGAAUUGAUCAACUGGACGACCUGGGCUACUUCGAACCGAGGGCAAAAAA